UGUGUGUGUGUGUUAAUGAUCUCUCUCUCUUUAGCCCCUGUAUCAGACUCCUCCAGUAGUGUGGAACAGGAGAAGUAUCUGCAGGCCGUCCUAUCGUCCAUCCCCAGCAAACCCAACGCCACACACACACUCACCAACCGAUCCCUCAUCGGACUGUCACCAGCCAGUGAAAGGAGAACGUCUCGUCUGUCAAAGAUGAACCCAGUGCACCUGGAUCUCCCAUUCAGCAGCAGCUUCACCAGAGGAGGUGUGUGGGCGAGCCUGCGCUCCAGCGGUCGCGUCUCUGUGCAGAGUGUGUCAUCUCCAGAUGUUGGCCCUCGACUGGCAGGGCAGAAGGAGGUGGCGCCCCCUAUAGGAACAGACGGCCUCCAGCAGCUGCUCAAACAGCAGGCGGCACUCUUCAUCUUCGGAGAGAAGUCUCACCUCAGGGGUCUGAAGAUGGACGCGUGUGUAAACUGCGAGCUGGUUCCCGUGGAGAUGGCGGAUGCACGUCAGGUGCGCGGCUCCUUUAAGAAGCUGCUGCGGGCGUGUGCUCCCAGCGCCAUGGCGACCGAUGCCGACCACACCUUCCUCAAAGCACUGGAAGAAUCCGAGUGGAUCCUGCACAUUCAUAAGCUGUUGCAACUGGCCGUAAUCAUGGUGGAGUUGUUGGACUGUGGAUCAUCUGUGCUCAUCAGCCUGGAGGACGGCUGGGAUAUCACCACACAGGUGUCCAGCCUGGUGCAGUUGCUAAGCGACCCGUUCUACCGCACCCUGGAGGGCUUCCAGCUGCUGCUGGAGAAGGAGUGGCUCUCGUUCGGACACAAGUUCAGCCAGCGCAGCACCCUCAGCCCCGCCAGCCAGACCACCGCCUUCACGCCGCUCUUCCUCCAGUUCCUCGACUGCGUCCACCAGGUCCAGCGUCAGUUCCCCCUGCAGUUUGAGUUUAACCAGCACUACCUGCGGUUCCUGGCCUAUCACCACGUGUCCAACCGAUUUCACGACUUCCAGCUGGACUCUGACUACGAGAGGCUGGAGCACGGGCUGCUGUUUGAGGUGGAGAAGCAGCCUCGGCGAGGGAUGUGUGUGUGGGACUGGAUCAGCAGAGCUCACCACCGAAGCCCCCUUUUCCACAACUACCUCUACUGCUCCAUAGACACAGAGCAGGCAGUGCUCAGGCCCUGUGUGGGCGUGGCCUCCCUGAAGCUGUGGGAGUACUAUACCUCUGAGACGUUGUCCACUGGCCCCGCCUACGACUGGCCUAACCAGGCCAAUGAGCAGCCAGAGGAGGCGGGGACUAUCAGCUCCAGCAAACGCUGCAUCGUGUGGCCCUGUUACAGCAGCACACCGAAAGCACAGCCUGACGCCCUCACACAGCUGCUCACUGCCAUUGAGCGUCUGCAGGGGCAGCUGGGUCAGGCGGGGGAGCGCUGGGCAGUGCUGCUGGACAAGGCCAGAGUCAGUGUACAGGAGGACCUCAAACAGGAAAGCAAUCUGCGGAAGCGCUCCAUCUGUGGCUCUGGGCUCCUGCCCUCCUCUGGUCUGCAACUCCAUCGCCACUCCCUUUUGCAGCUGACUGACAACUCUGUCGCCGACGACAACGGCCCCGCCCCCAACGGCAUGAACCGGCGUGCAGCUACACUCUACAACCAGUUCAGCCCACGCAACGAGGAUACACGGUCAUUUGAAGGGGUUCUCUUUAAGCGAGGCGCUCUGCUGAAAGGAUGGAAACCUCGCUGGUUUGUUCUGGACAUCACAAAACACCAGAUGAGAUAUUAUGACUCAGGUGAGGAUCUCAACUGCAAGGGCCACAUCGAUCUGGCGGAGGUUGAGUCCGUCCUGGUCGCCAUGCCAACCAUAGGAGCUCCUAAGCACAUCAGUGAAAAAGCCUUUUUCGAUCUGAAGACUUGUAAGCGUGUGUAUAACUUCUGUGCAGCAGAUGCCCCCAGUGCCCAGCAGUGGAUGGACAAAAUCCAAAGCUGCAUCUCUGAUGCCUAAAGCACACACACACACACACACACACACACACACACACACACACACAGCUGCCUUUACGCUCUCUC